AUGGAGGAAUUAACAAAAUCAUGGAGCUGCCUCACACUCUCAGAUGUUGAAGGAUCAAAUCUUCAGAUUAAGGAAGAGGAGGCGGUUACAGACUUUGUUCUUGCAGCCAAGUUCUUGACAAAGAGAGCACUAAACUUUGACGCUAUCGCCAAAACGUUUACACCGCUUUGGAGAUCAAAAAAUGGUUUCAAAAUAAAAAAGGAGGGUGACCAAGUUAUCCUCUUCACUUUUGAUAACAGAGAAGAGAUUGAUCAAAUUCUCGAGGCUGAGUCGUGGAGUUUUGAUAAACACCUAAUGGUGCUGCAACGGUAUGACAGGGAAACUGAUGUACAUGACAUUCCGAUUCGGUUCAGGACAAGGAAGGUGGCUGAAAAAAUUUGUGGGACGAUUGGGACAGUACAUGAACCAGCUGAGGGUACAAUUACGGAGGGGGAUGGAUUCAUUAGAGUUCGAGUAACAAUUGACAUGUCUCAACCUUUGAGUCGGGGGAGAGUAAUUUCUUUGGAGAGUGGUAAAGAAUUAUGGGUAUCGUUUAAGUACGAGAGGCUAUCCAACCUAUGCUAUUGGUGUGGAAGUCUCAUGCAUGAUGAUAAAGACUACGAACUAUGGAUAGAAAGUGAAGGCACUCUUCCAUUGGAAUCUUAA